AAUGCUAUGCGCGCACGCAGAAGCACUCCAUAUGCGAAGAGGGUGGCUAUUAUAGAAUCGGACGAAGACGAAGAAGGCAGCGAUGUUCUUACACCAACCAGUGGAGAAGAAGAAGAAGAAGAAGCUCUACCAGAAAGCCACCAUCUGAGUACGCCUGAAGAUGAGGGGGAUGUUCUUACACCAAGCGAGACGUCGGCGCAGUCGAGCGACUCAAGUGACGAUGCAUCUAACAUAACUGGAGACGACGGCGCUGGUCAAGUUGCUCAAGAUUUUGAAGACGAUGAUGAAACACAGGGCCAGCAGUUUGUCUUUGACGAAGGCACCACUAGAAUGCCAGACGACACGACCAUGCUGGAUAGCGAGACAUUUAGCAUGAUCUCCGUCGAAUCUCUGCAGAGCAACGGAGCUCGCGCCAGCCCGUCAAACACCAUGCUCUCCAAUACCACGGCGGCCCCCCGAGCCGGAUCAUCACUCAGGCACGAGUACUUGGGGUGGUCUAAGAAUGCCACGACCGAGCCUGAACUCCCAAAUCUCGAAGAGCGGACGUCGACAAUUGAAGCUCCCGCAGACACUGUGCCUACCGAUCAAGUGCGCCCAAAACUAUCGCGCCAUGUGACGCCCGCAACAGACUCCGAGGUGCCUUCAGCUCCACCGGUGUUGGUCCCUGUUCAGUC